AUGCUGGUGGAGCUGCUGGAGCUGCUAGAGCUGCUCGAAGUGAUGGUCAUGGAGGUGCUCGAACUUGAAGAACUGCUGGAGCUGGAGGAGCUACUCGAGCUUGAGGAAUCGCUGGAAGUCGAGGAAGUCGAGGAAGUCGAAGUGGAACUAUCGGUAGAGGAAGCUGAGGAUGUGUCCAAUGAACUGCUGCUGGAAGUGGUGCUGGUGAUGCUCGAGCUAUCAGUGCUGGUACUGCCGGUAGUGGUGCUGGUGAUGCUCGAGCUAUCAGUGCUGCUACUGCCGGUAGUAGUGCUUGUCGGAGCAGAGCUUGUGGUGCUGGUACUGCUGGAGCUAGGAACGCUGCUGCUGCCACUGCUACUGCUGCUGCCACUACUACUGCUGCUGCCAACGCUGCUGGUCGACAAGGAAGUGGUAGGUGUGCUCAAGACACUGCUAGUAGAGGAGGAUGUCGUUCUGACAGUGCUACUGUUCCCGAAGUUGAAAGUGCUGCUGCUCGAAAGGAUAGGGGAAGUGGUGGAACUACCCGGCGUGACGACAGUCGGAGCGGAGCUUGUGAGCGUGGAGCUCGGCUGCGGUGGGUUCAAGGAGCUCGUGCCAAAGGUCGAAAAAGACGACGAAGCGCCGGGAGUGCUGGCUCCGCUGGAAGACCCAGACGGGAGCACCGACAAGGAUCCGCUGCUCGAGCUAGCAGUGGUCGGCUGCGAAAGGAUGCUGCUGCUGCUGGAGCUGAGAGUGACGCUGAGAGACGACGUCGGCGUGGACGAGAUCCCGGUGACCGAGGAGGUCGGCAAGCUGGUGGUGUUCGACACGGCGGCAGGAGGCUGCACACUCAAAACGAAACCAAUGUUCGGAGGGAUAGCGGUAUUAGUCGGCGCCUGA